UUACUCCUACAAGCAAAGAUGUAUCAGCACAUCUCCAUUGUACUUCUGUUCAUUUUCAUCACUGGAGCACAUUCACUCAAAUGUUAUGAGUGCACUAGCAUGGGGUCAGGAUCUUGUGAGGCAAAAGAGAAGACAUGUACUAAUGGAGAGACUAAAUGUAGCAGUACAACAACAAAAACCGUUUUAGGUUCAAUUAAGACAUCUGUCACAACCAAAUCAUGUGCAUCAAUUUGUGAAAAUGAUAGCAAAGAGAUGGGUGGAGUUACAACUUCUACCAAGUGCUGUGAUACGGACCUUUGCAACGGCACAGGUGGACUCUAUAAGGGCAGUUUCAUCCUCCUCCUGUGUCCGCUCUUCAUCCUCACCCUGUUUCACUGAAAUCACUGAACUUCAGUGUAACACAAUUUACAAAAUUGUUAAUUAUAAUGCUUGUUUGUUGCCAAUGUAUGCUGCAUCUAAUUUACAUUCAGUUGUUAGGUUUGUAUAAGCUUAGAAACAACAAUUCACAAUUGCUUACAUUUAAGACUUUAUCAAUGGCUUACAGUACAUUUGAGCUUUAUAACUGCAACAACAAAAUAUUUUUUAAAGAUAAUGCUUUCUUUAUGAUAGCUUAAAGGUGAUGUGUGUAAAUUUUAGCGGCAUCUAGUAGUGAGAUUGCGAAUUGCAACCAACAGCUCAUCCCUCAAUUGUUUUUAAAACGCAUAUGGUAGCCGCCACAGGACAAACAUGUCAUCGUCUGAGGCAAUAUAGGGACAAAACAUGCUCCGUAGAGCAGUUUGUCUAUUUAGGGCUUCUGUAGAAACAUGACGGCGACUUUCAGGUAAUGGGACCUGCGGUGUAUGUAGAUAAAACAGCUCAUUCUUAAAAACAAUACAGUUCAUUUUGUAAGGUCUUUAUACAUCACUGAUAAUAUAUUUGAUUGCAUGUCUGUCAAUAGAUCCUCCUAAAAGUUACACAAUGCACCUUUAAUUUUUAUUACAUUUUCAUUGGUGUUUUAUUUCUAGCAAAAUAUAUUCUGGAAACAGAAAAAAAAAAGAAAUAAAAUAUAACCACAACAAAUCUACACUUGUAAUUUUUGUUCAGGAAGCCUUUAUAAAACUGAGACAGAAAUAAUCAGAAUAAAAUAUUUGUCAUAAUGUAAUAAUGAUAUUUUAAUAAAUAAAGUACUUUAAGUACAGAAGAGAAAGACACCAAUCCCUCACAUCAAACUUACACUGCAACCUCAUCAAAAGUUUGUUUUUAAAAUUAGGACAUUUGUACUGUAUACUGGCACCCCCACAGCCAUUUUACAGCCACUUUGUUUACCACUUUAAGUUGGCACAUGUGCACGGCUCACAGAAACGUGUGCAUACACAGACAUUAAAACAAAUAUUAUAGAGAAAAAAACAGUACCUGUUCUGACCAGCAGCUGGCUCUGUUGUCAACAAGCAAACUGUCACUGAACAUCAUUCACAAAAAGAACUAAUGAGCCUUGGCACCAGAUUAAUUUUCAAUUGGUUACACUGCUGCUACCAACUUUCUUAGUUGGUCACAUCAGCACAUGAUUUGGUCUUUAGCCGAAAAUGCAUCUGUUAUCAAAAUAUACAAACACAGAACUACACCAGCUUCAAUAUAUCACCGUAUAAUAAGAACAAAAGCCUGUAUGGGCUUUUUUUAACAAUCUAAGUGCAAUGUGCAAUAAACCAGUAAGAGUCUCAUCUCUCAUCCCAAUUAAAAGCCAGUUGCGCUGGCGCCAUCCCGAUUUCCUUAUUUUGGCAGAAUUUGUACACCGUAAUAAAAUUCCGUAGAAAUUUCUACGGAAUUUUUUUACAGUGUAAACUAAAAAAACUAAGAGGAGGAAGAAGACCACCAGUUUAAGAUUGAUAUUAAAAAAUGUUGUUAUUUUUAUUUGUAAUAAAAUUGUUCUUUUUUGGUAUUAGAACCUUUAAAAGUCGUUUUCUUUCAGUCAUGGAUAUAAAUUUCAGGCUUUUAAUUGCUGUAAAUGUAUGUAUAGCCCAGAUGAUCAGUGUAAUCUCAAAGAAUUUACAAAUAUGUAAGAAAAGGUUUGUACUCUAAAAAUACUUUAUUUGUAAUUUGUUGGUAAUUAAAUCUUUAAAAGU